CUGGGAUUAACUCUCUGCUUGUGCUUACUUGAAAUCUGUUUAACAGAAGCAGAAUUAUUACACUGUAAAGCAAUAGAGGAAGAAAUCUAAAAUGUUGAGCAAACUGAUGGCUGUUCUAUUACUGCUGCUUAAUCUCUUGUUCAUGCAGGUCACCGGCGCCUUCAUCCACCGGGCCGGCUACUGCGCCUUCAGCGGGGACUGCGGGAAGAAUCCCGAGGUGACCAACAGUCUGCUACCGGCCAGGGUGCCCUGCCUGUACAACGGACCUGCCCUCAACCUGUCCCAGGCGCACCUGGAACUGCUGAAGAAGGUGUGCCCCACGCUCCACACCGAAGACUCCAACCCUCGGGCGUGCUGUUCUACCCGGCAGCUGAAGAUGCUGGACUCCAGCCUGACCAUCUCCAAAACCCUGUUGGUCCGCUGCCCGUCUUGCGUCCAGAACUUCAUCAACCUCUACUGCCAGAACACAUGCAGCCCCAACCAAAGCCUGCACAUCAAUGUCACCAGGACCUUCAUGGCCAACGUCUUGGGGCAGCUGAAGGAGGCGGUGCUGGAGUACCAAUGCUACUACACCAGGGAGUUUGCGGACGGCGCCUACGACUCCUGCAAGAACGUGCGGAUCCCGGCCACCGGCGGCUUCGCCAUCUCGCCCAUGUGCGGCAAGUACGGCGCCGCCCUCUGCAACACCGAGCGCUGGCUGGGUUUCCAGGGCGACUCCAGCAACGGGCUCGCCCCCUUGGACAUCGACUUCAUCCUGGUGGGCAACCGGACGGAGCCCGGGGGCCGGGGCAUCGUGCCUUACGGCGGCCCCUUCUGGAGGUGCAACGAGUCGGCCUCCGCCCAAGGUCAAGCCUGCUCCUGCCAAGACUGCCCCAAGUCCUGCCCCCCUAUCCCGGUUCCUCUGCCACCCCCUGGACCCUGGGAGAUCGGGAGCCUCCCUGGUACCUUGGUGGUCUGUCUCCUCGCCUUCUUCUCGCUGCUGGUCCUCUUCGCGCUCUUCCUGACCUGCCGCCGGGCUCUGAGGAGCAGGAGGGCGGGCAAGGCUCCGCCGGCACUGCGGGGCGCCGCGGGCUGCUCCCAUAAGGUGAGUCAAGCCACCCAACUGUGGCUGACCAAUGGCUUCAGGCGCUGGGGCACGGCGGUGGCGCGUCACCCGCUGCUGGUCAUCGGCGCGUCGGUCAUCGUGGUGGUCGUGCUCUCGGCCGGACUGACCUACAUCACCCUGACCACCGACCCCGUCCAGCUGUGGUCGGCGCCCGACAGCCGCGCUCGGCGGGAGAAAGAAUUCCACGACGCCAACUUCGGUCCCUUCUUCCGAACCGACCAGAUCAUUCUCACCGUCCGCAACCGCUCGGACUACACCUACGACUCCAUCCUGUUCGGCAAGAACAAGUUCUCGGGCAUCUUCUCCAAGGACAUCCUGCUGGAGCUGCUGGACUUUCAGACCAGGCUCCAGAACAUCGAGGUGUGGUCGGAGAAGGCCCAGAGGAACAUCAGCCUCAAGGACAUCUGCUACGCCCCGCUCAACCCCCAGGAGCCGCGCACCACCGACUGCGCCGUCAACAGCCUGCUGCAGUACUUCCAGAACAACAGGAGCAGGAUCAACGCCGUGGCCAACCAGACCAUGGGCGGGAAGGUUGGGACGGUGGACUGGAGGGACCAUUUCCUCUACUGUGUCAACUCUCCCCUUUCGUUCAAGGACAAUACAGCCAUGGGAAUGAGCUGCAUGGCAGAUUAUGGAGCACCAGUUUUUCCAUUCUUGGCUGUUGGUGGAUAUACAGGUGAAGAUUUCACUCAAGCCCAAGCAUUCAUCAUGACAUUCUCUCUAAACAGCUACCAUUCUAAUGACCCCAAAUACGAAUACGCAUUGCUCUGGGAGAAAGAAUACUUAAAAAUUCUACAGCAGUAUAAGCAGAACGAAUCCAUCAGUUUCAGCUUUGUCUAUAUGGCUGAGCGCUCCUUGGAAGAUGAAAUUAACAGAACCACAGCAGAGGAUAUUCCAAUUUUCGCCAUCAGUUACUUGGUUAUAUUUGUUUACAUUGCUUUGGCCCUUGGAGAGUACACUAGCUGGAGAACCAUUAUGAUCGAUUCGAAGAUUACGCUUGGACUGGGCGGAAUUCUUGUGGUGUUGGGAGCCGUCCUAUCAUCCAUGGGCUUUUAUGCUUAUAUCGGAGUUCCCUCCUCCCUUGUCAUUCUGGAGGUGGUACCCUUUCUGGUACUUGCUGUGGGCGCAGACAACAUAUUCAUCCUCGUUCUUCAGUACCAGAGGGACGAGAGGAGAGCGGGAGAGUGUCGGGAGGAGCAGAUUGGCCGUGUGCUGGGAGACGUGGCUCCCAGCAUGCUCCUCUGCAGCUUCUCGGAGUCUGUCUGUUUCUUUCUUGGUGCCCUCACCAAGAUGCCAGCGGUCCGCACGUUUGCACUGUAUGCAGCACUGGCUGUGUUCCUCGAUUUUCUGCUCCAGAUGUCGGCAUUCGUAGCCCUGUUGUCCCUGGAUGUUCGGAGAGAGGAGGCAGCCAGAUUUGACAUAUGUUGCUGUGUGCAUUCGAAAAAUAGAAAGAAGAAGAAAAGGAGAGAAGGUUUCUUGCUAACCUUAAUGAGAAAGUAUUAUGCCCCUUUUCUACUCCAUUCUGUUACAAGAAUUAUUGUGAUCAUUAUAUUCCUCUUCAUGUUGUGCUCUGGUAUCUUUUUGAUGUUACAUGUUCGCGUGGGCCUCGACCAGGAGCUUGCAUUGCCAACGGACUCGUACAUGUUGGAUUAUUUUGCUGCCCUCAACAAAUAUUUUGAAGUGGGAGUCCCUGUGUACUUUGUCACAACAGCCGGUUACAAUUUCUCUAGCAUCGCUGGCAUAAACGGAGUCUGCUCCAGCGUGGGAUGUGACAACAACUCCAUGACCCAGAAGAUCCAGUACGCCACGGAGUUCCCCAAGGAGUCGUAUAUGGCCAUCCCUGCUUCCUCGUGGGUGGACGAUUUUAUUGACUGGUUGAACCCCAUGUCACGUUGCUGUAGACUCUUUAUUGCCGGACCCAAUGCUGGCAAAUUCUGCCCAGCUACCAACAAUCAACUAUUAUGUUUCAAGAAAUGCCUCCCACCAAACCUCAGCGGCAUCAUCAGACCAACCAGUAAGGAGUUCGACAAGUACCUGCCCAACUUCCUGAACGAUACUCCCACACUGGAGUGUUCCAAGGGAGGUUUGGGAGCUUAUGGGAAUGCCGUGAAGAGAGACAAAGGAGGGGAAAUUUUGGCCUCCAGAUUCAUGGCGUAUCACGUGCCUCUGAAAAACUCUCUGGAGUACACCGCAGCCCUCAAGGCAGCUCGAGAGAUCGCAGACAGUAUCACAGAAAGCAUGAGAAAGGUUCCAGGAACCGACCCGAACUUUGAAGUCUUCCCUUACACGAUUACUUAUGUGUACUAUGAACAGUAUCUGACCGUAGUCAAUGAAGGGAUUUUCAAUAUCGGCAUCUGUCUGAUCCCGACUUUCGUGGUCUGCUGUAUCCUGUUGGGAAUGGAUAUCCAGUCGGGCUUCCUGAACCUCGUCACUAUAAUCAUGAUCAUUGUGGACACAGUAGGGGCAAUGACCCUGUGGAACAUUGAUUUCAACGCUGUGUCUCUCAUCAAUCUGGUUACGGCCGUGGGCAUGUCCGUGGAAUUUGUCUCUCACCUCACGCGCUCGUUUGCUGUCAGUACCAAGGAGAGUAAAGUGGAACGAGCAAAGGAGGCAACUGUAACCAUGGGGAGUGCGGUAUUUGCUGGUGUUGCUUUGACCAACCUUCCUGGGAUCAUUGUGCUGUACUUUGCCAAAGCUCAGCUCAUCCAGAUUUUCUUCUUCCGCCUGAAUCUUGUGAUCACGUUGCUAGGGUUGGUUCACGGCCUGGUGUUCCUCCCCGUCCUGCUCAGCUACUUUGGCCCAAACGUUAAAACUGCGGCAAUCUCACAGCCACAGGCAGACACGGAGCCUCCAGCAGAGAACGAGUACUGCAAAUGCUUCCCUUCAGCCAUUGGGCACAACGAUCUCAUUAAGGAUGAACAAUCUCCACCGAAUGCACAGUGCAACGGAUCAGCCGGGUUGGGAGAACACACAGUCUCUGGACACACAAGAACCUCUGUGGAGAAAGAAUUCACCUCGUCAGAAACUCACACGAACCGUAUGGGCUCCACAGUCACCUCAUUUUGAAACCUCUUCACAUUCUGCUCUUAGGACAGAAAACUUGGGAUAUAUUAACACCUGGUCAGCCAACCACCAGGGAUCCAGAAACUCUUUGAGAUGAAUUCUCCCAAUGGUUGGAAUCAAAUGGUUACUGUUUAAGCAGCUGGGAGAUACAGCAUGAAUAUAGUGCCUCCCGUACUGGAGCCUGCUGGAUUGAAUCUACACUUUAUUCUGCUGCUUGUUCUUCCAUUAGUUUCCAGUGACCUGCUCACAACUUCAUUACAUGUGUCCAUCUUCCCUCUAACCUAGUCACUCGACAGCAAUUCAUCUUCCCUCAUGGAGAACCCAGACCCUUUAACCCCACCCUCUCCAACUCUUGGCAGGCAGAGACUAUCCCGGGAGUGAGAACCCUUCCCGUCCAAUCCUGGGGACUCCAGGUGCUGGCUUCUUGCCAUAAGGAGUCCUUCAGUGAUGUUGGACAAUCCUUCACUCUCCACCCCAACCCCCUUCUCAAACCCUCCAUCUUCUCAGCUGGUCAAUGCCGGGGACUCAGAGCUCAUUGUAGACAGUCACGUGUACCUGUCUUCCAUUACAAUGAAUGACCUCCAUUACCAAAGUCAACCUGAUCUCAUAUAAACCAUGGGGAGGAGUGCAGCAAUGGUAGGCCAUCCAGCCCCUCUAUGGGCUUCAGACCCACACUCCUAGUUUUCCUCCGCACCCUGCAAAUCUUCCCAGAUCCAGUUCCCUUUUGAAAGUUAUACCUCUGAAGAUGUUCAAUGAGUAAUAACCACCACCAGCUCGCAAAUCGGGUUCUUAGCCACACCGAGCCCUCCCAACUGUGCCUGGAUUUCUGGGGCAGUUACCACUCACUACCCUCCCAGGGUAAACACCAGCAAUGCUCAUAUCUCACAAUGACAAAAUGUUUGUUAAUCCAUCUCACCCACCUCACCACCACAGAGCUGAUUCCUUCCUCAUUUCCCCCCCUCUGCCCUUCUGGAUAUCACCAGGGAAACCGGAAGAUCCACGAGCUCAGCAAUUAGCUUUGCACUUCAGAUUUUUCACUGGUUUAUCAGGACCUCCAGCCACCCACAGACCACGUUGUGUAUGAAGGGUCCACAUCCCUCUCUCACAAAAACAGCCCAGAGGACAAAGCAGAGCACAAGGAAGAGCAGGGGCAGGCCAUUCACCCCCAGCACCUGCGCGUCCUUUCAACACGAUCACAGCUGAUCUUUUACCUCACUUUCCAGCACUAACUCUAUAGCUCUUAAGAUUCCCUUAAUAUCUGAAAAUCUAUCAAUCUGUCAUGAAUAUACUCAGUGACCGAGUACCCACAGUCCUCUUGGCUAGAGUAUUCCAAAGUUUCACUGUUGUCUGGGUGAAGAAAUUCCUUCUCAUCUCUGUUGUGAAUGGCUGACCCUUUAUCUUGGAGAAUUAGCUCCUGAAUUCAGACACUUCAGCCAAAGGAACCAUCUACCCUGUCAAACUCAAUUCCAAUUUUGUACUUUUUUAGUUAAUCUCCUCCCCAUCCUUUGAAAGGUCCAGUCUGCUUAAUAUCUCCUCACAGCAUAACCCCUACCCCCAAUCCCCGGAAUCAUUGUGAUGAUCCUGAUGUAUACUCCCUCAGGUAGGGAGACAAGACUUCACAGAGAACUUGGUGUGGAUCAGGACCUAUAUAAUUGCAGUGGGGUGGAUGAAUGAAACAUAAGUUGAUGGUUGUCACUUGGAGAUCACUCGAGUGAGCUCCUGGAUAUCGUAAAGAAAAUAAUCAACUGUGUUCCACAGAAUCAGAUCACACUGACCAGGAAUCCCACCUUACAGAAACAUUUCUCGCAUGCACCGUGGCUGAUCCUUCAAAUUAAGAGGAGAUGGAGAGAGAAAAAGUGAAACAAAACUGUUUGAGGUGAUAACCAGAACACGAUGGUGUCAGAAACUCUUCCCAAGGCGCCGAAUCACUGAUUCACCACCGUGGAACAAAUGGCACUUUAAUAAUUUAAUAUAUUGUGCUUUAGCACUGUCAUCUAUACAAAAGAGUUUAAUGUAACAGAAUGGCCCAUCCUUCAGCUUCUUCAGAUUUUCAGUGCUUUUUGAUCAGCUUUGCUUUUGCAGAAUGCAGCUGUGUGCAAUAACAGAACUAUUUACAUACCGGCAGUCACAACACAAAGAGCUUCACCAGCAGUGCAGAUUUUAUAAAAAAAAGUGUUGUGUGGGGAACAUGAAAUCCCAUAAGGCAAUUAAUGCCCAGGUCAUGUGUGUGUUGAUGCUGGUUUAAGUGAUUAACAAGUAACUAGCACACCAGGGAGAUCUCUGCACUGCAAGCAGUGCUUUCUAUUGUUAUUUUCCCUCUCAGGUGGAUGUAGAAAUCCUUUGGUUUGUCAUCACUCCUUAAAAUGCAGUGCUCCCUCAGUACUGCAGGGGAAGCUUCAGUCUGGGUUUUCCCCUCGGGUACAUGAGAGUCUGCAGAUGCUGGGCUCUGGAGCACCAACCAGAGUGCUGGAGGAAUUCAGCGACAGUUGGAUUCCAAUUCAUUUGGACUUGGAUAAACAAGUUGAUGCUUCAGGUCAAGACCCUUUAUCUGUCCAGCAGAAACGUCGACUGUCCAUUUCCUUCCACAGAUGCUGCCUGACCUGCUGAGUUCCUCCAGCACUUUGGUUGUUUUCUCAUUGAGUCUUUAGGAGUUUUAGCCUCAGAAGCAGGAGCCACAGCCCCUGGGCAGAGCUGGUAGCAACAUAAGGACAAAAAAGUGAGGUAUUGCAAAAAAUGCUGGAAAUACUCAGCAGGUCAGGCAGUACUUGUGGAGAAGGAAACAUUUCAGCUGGGUGAUCUUUCUGCAGAUGUUGCCCAACCCCCUGAGGGUUUCCAGCACUUGCUGUUUUUAUUUCAGAUUUCCAGCACCUGCGGUUUUUUUUUUGGAGCAAAA